GUUGAGGUUAAAGCUGGUCAAAGCAAAGAUAAGUUGGUGGUGAAUGUAAAUGCAAAAGAAUCUGUUGGUGAUAUUGUUUCAUGUGUUGGCCACUUUAUCGAAUUUGUUGUUUCGAAGCCAGAGAUACCAGUAACAGUAGCUGCUGUACCAACAAUUGAUCCUUUCAGAUUAAUGAUGGAUAACCAACAUCUAUGUUGUGUAGCUCUUGGGAUUGAAGAUGGAACUAUCCAUUCCGACCAGCUGACAGCAUCCAGUGAAUUCAGGAGCAGCAAAAGUCUUGGGGCUGAUCGAGGACGACUCAACACAGUAUCAGAUGAAGGAGGUUUCGGAUGCUGGGCAGCAGCAACUAAUGACCCAGAUCAGUGGAUUCAAGCUGAUCUUGGUGCUAUAAAAGGUGUGAUUGGAGUAAUAACACAGGGGCGCAGUGAUGGUACUCAAUGGGUCACAUCAUACAAAGUACAAUACAGUACCGAUGGUAGCGUCUUCUUACCAGUAUUGGGAUCGAGUGGUCAAGUUGAGAUUUUUAGUGCAAACUCAGAUGCAAACACCGAGGUGAGAAACAUAUUCAGCUCUGUUGUCUGCGCUCAAUUCAUCCGUAUCAAUCCAAUUACCUGGUAUAGACACAUCAGUUUAAGAUUUGAGCUUCUUGGCACAGAUUCAGUUGUAGCUCUUGGGAUUGAAGAUGAAACUAUCCACUCCGACCAGCUGACAGCAUCCAGCGAAUACUUGAGCAGCAAAAGUCUUGGGGCUGAUCGAGGACGACUCAACACAGUAUCAGAUGCAGGAGGCUUUGGAGCCUGGGCAGCAGCAACUAAUGACCGAGAUCAGUGGAUUCAAGCCGAUCUCGGUUCAGUGAAACGCGUAGUUGGAGUAAUAACACAAGGGCGAAGUGGUUACAAUCAAUGGGUUAAAACAUACAAAGUUAAUUACAGUACCGAUGGUAGCAUUUUCGCACCUGUAUUGGGAUCGAGUGGUCAAGUUGAGAUUUUUAGUGCAAACUCAGAUCGAAACACCGAGGUGAAAAACAUAUUCAGCUCUGUUGUCUACGCUCAAUUCAUCCGUAUCAAUCCAAUUACCUGGUAUAGACACAUCAGUUUAAGAUUUGAGCUUCUUGGCACAGCUUCGCUGGAUCUGGAUAUAACACUGUACUCUUCAACACCACUGACAUUGCCUAACAAUGCAAAUGAAUUUCGUGGAUAUGCUAUAAACAAUUGCAGAACAACUGAUCUUACAAUCGGGAUAUUGUACAAGGUUGUGGAUGGCAAGGAGAAUUUAACAUGGUCGGAUACUGGAUAUUCUGGCAACAACAAUGAUGAUACAGGUGAACAAUUAAAGGACAUGCCAGAUAAUAAAAUAUUUAACACUGGAAGCGAAAUAUCAUACAGAGUACAUAAUAAUUUUGUAUAUCUUGGUGUUAAAAAUUUACCAAACCCUGAAAGUGACGGUGUGUUUUCAUUUAUAGCAACAACAUCUAAAAUGGUUUCUAGUGCAGCAAUUGUUGUGACCUCAUCAUUGGCCACCAUUAAAAUGCAGUUUCGAACGAUGACUGUCGGCAUUGGGGAAUCCGCCACUAUCAGCCUUAGUGAAAACGGCGGUUUUAACGAUUUACACUGGAGACAUAAUUAUGGUGAUGUAAUUCAAAUGUGGAAUGGUAACUCGUCUGUUACGAUUGAAAAUAUACGCGCUAAAGAUGAUGGGGUAUAUGAAUGUUAUAGGAGUGGUAGUCCCAGUGACAACCGUGGAGUAAUGAGACUCAUUGUCAGAGAUUGUCCGCUGCCAAAAUGGAGUCCCCCUGAAUGUGAGAUUGAUUGUCCUGUGUGUUAUAACGGUGGAGUCUGUGACGACAAGACCGGUCUGUGUAUUUGUCCCGCAGGCUUCAAAGGAGAAUACUGCCAAACAUCUUGUGGAAGCAACAACUGGGGUCGUAAUUGUGAUGUUGUUUGUUCUACAGGAGAUGACGAAGGUUGUAAAGGAAAGCUUUUUUGUCCGCCUGAUCCUUUCGGAUGCACCUGCAUCGACGGAUACGGAGGCAACGAUUGCAAUACAGAAUGUGAUAACAAUCACUAUGGAGCAGAUUGCCGUCAAGUAUGUCACUGCGAUUCAGGAGGAUGUGACAGAAAAACAGGGGAUUGUACAUCUGGGUCAUCUUGUUCGACUAAUUACACAGGACCAGCGUGCCAAGAAUUACUGCAGGACCAGUCUUGUCCAUCUGGUUUCUUUGGUGUGUUGUGUAACUAUCCAUGUCAUUGCAAAGACUCAGCUGAUUGUAAUCGUAAUGGAAGCUGUGGCAAUGGAUGCCAUGAAGCAUGGGCUGGAGAGGACUGCAGCAUAGCUCUACCUUACAGUUCCAAACCGCCAACACCUUUGAAUGAAACAGCAACUACCAUACAUAUACCCUGUAGCUGGGAUCCUCUUCUAGACUUUGGAACAGGGACUAUUACCGGAUGUAAGUUAUGGUAUAAUACGUCAUCGACAAGUACAUUCAUUGAUAUCAUUGCCAAUGGUGUAUAUAUCAUCGACAAUCUUACACUGCACACGACUGUUGAAUUUUACGUACAAUACUCGAGAUUAGUUGGCGGCGUAGAAACCGAUGGACCACCUAGUGAACAUGGAUCAGCAGAGACUAUAUGCACAAAGCCUUUAGAAGAUCCAGAAAUAGAAUUGGAAACAGUUGAUGGUAAUGAUAUUAUCUUAACAUUAAAGCCUGUAUCAAAUGCUCCAGAGCGAAUCCAGUGCGAUGAUAUACUUCGAUAUCAAGUGCGAUACCAAAGCAAAGAUGGAAAUGAACAGGACAUCCUCAACACAACGGACAGUUUGCAAACAGAAGUCAAGAUAUCGGAAUUAUCACCAUGUGUUUUUUAUCACGUCGACUCUAGAGUUGUUAAUAACGCAGAAAUUACUGGAGAUUGGGGAACACCAAUAUCGGUACAAUCAGCACCAUCAGCGCCCUCAGUCACCAAAGAUUCAGUACUGGAAGGAACGUUUUUAUUAAUGAAAUGGAAUACUGCUACCUGUAACAGCACCCAGAAUAAUUUGAGUUACCAUUAUGAACUAUCAGGAGGAGUCCACCAAGGAAGUACAACAAAAACUGAAGUUCUUAUAAAUGACGGAAUUGUACCUUGUACUCAGUACACAUUUUCAGUUUUUGCGUCGUAUAUGAAUGUUAGCAGCAUUACUGAUAUUAUGGAGUUCAUGUCUGGUGUUGACUAUCCUGGAAAACCAACCAUUAGUUCCUUAACAUCAACGUCUUCAUCAAUCACACUGGAAUUGACUUUAUCUGAUGAUAAUCCUUGCACAAUACUAGGAUACAAUGUGCUUGUAUAUAGUGAUAUACAGAAUUUAGAGUUCAAUAUAGAUACCACAGCGACUUCACUGACAAUUAAUGAAAAUAUAAUGCCGAGUACUAUCUACAAUGUCCAGGCUGAGGUUGUGAUCAAGAUUAUAGAAAAGAAUGUAGCAGCCAAAACUCAAAAAGGCUUCGGUAAUUUCUCUGAUGUUGGUUAUGUGUCUACCGAUGCAGAGUCUGGCAUAGGUGGUAUAGUAGGUGGCGUUAUCGGAGGUUUAUCUGCAGCAAUCAGUAUUGUCUUUGCCUUGAUUUUUGUUAAACGACGCCGUAAUUCAAGCAAUGAAGUUGUUAGACCAGCUGCUGUUCAAAAACAAGGUGUUUUCGACACAGAAAAUGAAUUGAUGCCUGCAGUUGAGGGUCAUGCUAAUGUAGUGGAUGUGAGAAGUCCGGAUGAUGAGGAUGAUGGUGCUCCUCCAAUUGAAAACGUGUAUGCGAACUCUGAACCUGUUUAUGGAAAUACAAACUUAGAAAAUCAGGAAUACAGACCGAUUGAGUUAGCAAGGCUGCAUAAUUACGGCACUGGGCAGAUUACUGCAGAGAUCAUUUUUACAUACAACUAG